GCAAAACACUUGCAAAAGUACCUCUAUCAUGCUAAACAAUACUUGAUGUCGAAUUAUUAGCAAUUUGUGGCAUAGAAUAAUAUGAACAGAUUCAGUGACAUGGCCCAUGGCGAAAUAUCGAGUGCUGGGUGCACUGGCACUACACAACUGAUGGAAGAUCAUCGCAGACGCAAUACGCAAAGUGAUGUUGUUAAUCGAGGACCAUAUAGCCGUUUCCAGUCAUCAAGAUUUGCAUGUUUACGUUGUUGUGGAAAUUUGCUGAAAUAUUUGAUACGUCUGAGAAACACACCAGAGGAACUGGAACAGCGAUGCAAAUCCAAAGAGAUUGAUAAAAUAUUGGAGAAAGAAAAACAAACAUUUCGGCGUCAAGUCAAAUUAUUAUUGUUGGGAGCUGGGGAAUCUGGAAAAUCGACUUUUGUAAAGCAAAUGAGAAUUAUACAUGGAACCAAUUUUGAACCGGAACUGAUAAAAGAGUAUCAGCAUGUGAUAUAUCAAAAUGUUAUCCGUGGAAUGCAAGUAUUAAUUGAUGCUAGAGAAAAACUGGAAAUUCCAUGGGGUAACAACGACAGAGACAAAGAUGCAAUACAGACAAAAUGUAUGGAAUGUACAUCCAUUGAGGCUGAACAAUUUGCUCAAUAUGCCACGACUAUAAAGCGUCUAUGGCAAGAUCGUGGUAUUCGACGAGCCUAUGAGCGGCGAAGGGAAUUUCAAAUAAGCGAUUCAGUAAACUACUUUUUAGAUGAAAUUGAUAGACUGGCCAAAUUCGACUAUGUGCCUACUCAGAAAGAUAUUUUGCACUGUCGCAAAGCAACAAAGGGCGUUUAUGAGUUUUCUGUUAAAAUACAGAAUAUACCAUUUGUGUUUGUGGACGUGGGAGGACAACGAACACAAAGACAGAAAUGGACACGGUGUUUCGAUUCAUCAGUGACGUCGAUAAUAUUUUUAGUUUCGACAUCCGAGUUCGAUCAAGUUUUAGCAGAAGAUAGGAUGACAAAUCGUUUGGAAGAGUCCAGAAAUAUUUUCGACACUAUUGUAAAUAAUAACACGUUUAAAGGUAUUUCGAUUAUUUUAUUUUUAAACAAAAUGGAUUUACUGGAGCUAAAAGUAAAAAACCCAGAGACUGAUAUACGUUGGUUCUAUCCACAAUUCCACGGAAAUCCGCACUCUCUAUUGGAUGUUCAAAACUUCAUUCUACAGAUGUUUAUGAGCGUACGCAAGGCUCAACAAAGUCGCACAUAUCAUCACUUCACCACCGCCAUAGACACCCGCAAUAUUAACGUUGUCUUCAAUUCCGUCAAAGAUACUAUUCUACAAAGAAAUUUAAAUGCAUUAAUGUUGCAGUAAACAUGAGGUAU